CGCAUCUUGAUUUGCAUUUUAUUACAAUUCUCCAGACUUGACGCAAUGGGCCGAGUUGCGAUUAUAUCUUUUCGAUCUCUUCCAUUCGUGAAGUUCUUCGCACCUUGGGAGAAUUGGAUUUCUCUAAGUAGGAAAGAAGAAAAUUCCAUCGGGGAGUCAAUGACCAAUCAAUAACUAGAAUAUACAUUCUACCACCAUGGCCGAAUCUGUCAUUCCGUUGAAAUGCGAAUGCAAGCAUGAUCCAUGGGGGAAGAAAGGAAGCGACUCUAUGGCCGCCCGUUUCUGGGCAAAGACUCCUCUUACGGGCGGCAAGAUAGAUGAGACGAAGCCGUACUCAGAGAUGUGGAUGGGGACGUAUCCCUCCACACCGAGUUACGUUCUUUCAUCAGGCGAGCAAUUGGAGUCGUACUUGAAAAACCAUCCCGAACUUCUUGGAAAGAAUGCAGUGGACAAAUGGGGCACUGACCUGCCAUUUUUGCCAAAGAUUCUCUCCAUGUGUAAGGCUCUUCCGCUGCAGAUCCACCCGGAUAAGGCCCUCGCGGAGAAGCUUCACUCCAGAGAACCAAAUAAGUUCACUGAUCCGAAUCACAAGCCGGAGAUCGCCAUCGCCUUAGGCAAAUUUGAGCUGUUCGCGGGUUUCAAGCCUCUGGCUGACAUUCAGGCUCUGUUUCGACUGAAGCCUCUAGAGCAUUUUGUGCCUAACAACCAGCAAAAUUUCACCGAUGAGACUCUUCGACAAGUCUGCCGGAACUUACUUCUGGCAGAAGAUAAUGUCGUGCAAAAGACCAUUGAAGAUCUCAAGAAGCUGCCAGAGUCGGCGUUUAGUAGCAAAGAUACGGGAAUUCCGGCUAUGUUGGACCGUCUCCAGCAGCAGUAUACUGAGUUCGACAAUGGGAACCUCGUCGCAGUCCUGUUGAUGAACUUCCUCACUCUUGACAAAGGCGAUGCUGUGUAUAUCCCCGCAGAUGGCAUCCACGCCUACCUGUCGGGAGACAUUAUGGAAUGCAUGGCUCGUUCUGAUAACGUGUUGAACACUGGAUUCUGCCCCCGUCCGGAACGUGACAGCGUCGAUGUGUUCACUCAGGCAUUGACUUUUCAUCCGCAUGAUCCUAAAUCGGUCAUUCUGCCCUCCAGUCCAAGCCUGAAGAGCGAGUGCGGAAAGACGCGCGAAUACUCUCCGCCUAUUAGCGAAUUCAACGUACUGGCCACAUGUCUGAAGAAGGGAGAAAAGGAAAAUAUAAAAGCUAUUAUGGGACCUAGUGUUCAGGUCGUCACAAAAGGCUCCGGAAGACUGACUACCCAGGCCAAGACAGUCCCUUUUAAAGAAGGAACAGUGCUCUUCAUCGGGCAAGACACUCCGGUUGGGCUCGUGGCGGAGGAGGAUUUGGAACUAUAUCGGGCCUAUGCGGAGUAAAAUAUUAGAAGCGGUGAUCUUAAACACAGUUCAACAGCUAAUUUGAAUUUCUAUUUGCAGUUAGAAUGCGCACAAUAAAAUGUUAUCUGCGCAAAUUACACAAGACAGAUCGAAUUCCUUUGCUAAUGCCGCAGAUGGGCGUCGGGCACACAGGUGGCACAGUAAUUCUAGAUACAUACAGGCCAGCGAGGCACAGAACUAGGCAACUGGCACUCUCGUUAUUAUUGAAAUCAUAAUAUAUCGAAGCGCAUACGCGCCUAUACGAGCCAUUCGGAAGUAACCCGAUAGAGUAGUCAAUGUUGGGAAGAGACGUGGCUAGCAUUACUGUGG